AUGAUGCAGCCUCAAGUCUUCAUUUCUGGCCUCAUACUUCUUUUCCCAGGUGCUGUGGAUCCUUAUGUAAUCGUGAAGGGGGUGGUGGGUCACCCUGUCACACUGCCGUGUACUUACUCAACGUACAUUGGAAUCAGUUACAUGAGUUGGGACCUCGGGGAAUGUCAGUAUUUUAAUAAUUAUAGAACACUUGUCCGGGCCAAUGCAUAUCAAGUCACCUAUCAGAGGAGCAGCCGAUACCAGCUAAAGGGGCGUAUUUCUGAAGGAGAUGUGUCCUUGACAAUAGAGAACGCUGUUCAGAGUGACAGUGGUCUGUAUUGUUGUUUAACAAAAAUCCCUGGAUCUUUCCAUUCUGUAACCUAUUCAUUGGACGUUAAACCAGAAAUUCCUGCAAGGCCUCCAACAAGACCAACAACUACAGGGAGACCCACAACUACAGGGAGACCCACAACUACAGGGAGACCCACGACUCUGUCAACAGGACCCACACGUGCACCAGCAUCACCCAGAGUCUCCACCUCUGCUCCUACAACACCAGUGCACACUCAGACUCACACACCAGAUUGGAAUAACACUGUGACAUCCUCAGACGACUCUCAGAAUAAUUACACUCAAUCGAUCCCUUCAUGGAAGCAGCAGAAGAACAUGAGUAAGAGCUUCUACAUUGGCAUCUCCACUGCUGCCCUGCUGUUGCUGCUGCUUGUGUGCGCUGCGGUUAUCACCAGGUGCAUCCUUAUGAAAAAGAAGUCGGGCUCUCUGAGCUUGGUAGCAUUCCGUGCCAGUAAGAUCGGAACUUUGCAAAACACAGCAGUUAUCCGGUCUCGAGCUGAAGACAAUGUCUACACAAUUGAAGACACUCCUACCCUACAGAAAGAGUCCCAGAAACCCUCUUAG